AUGCACACGGCAACGGUGACGAGCGUCGAGAGCUCAACCAUGACUACAUCCCUUCGUACACGCAAUGGCACCGCCGAGCCGAAAUCCGCCAAGUCUCCCGCACCACCGUCCGCUUCCGAAGAACAGCGCUCGACCGAGGACUUGAGGAGGGCGGUCCAACGGAAAUACAGACACGUUGCUGCGGUACACAAGAGCUCACGACCAUCAACCCUCAGCCAUGACUCCAACGCCGCGCCUAGCUUUCUAGGCUUCAGGAACCUAAUGGUAAUUGUAUUAAUUGUCGGUAACCUGCGUCUAAUGAUUGAGAACAUCCAAAAAUAUGGAGUCUUGAUCUGCGUUGGAUGCCACGACUUCCGUCGGCAAGAUGUUGUUCUCGGCCUGGGGUUGUACGCCCUCAUCCCAUGCCACCUCUUUGCCGCCUACCUGAUCGAACUGGCCGCGGCUCAGCAAGCCCGUGGCCUACGAGCCAAGUCGAAGGAUGGUGCUGCCAGUCCAACACCGGACCAACGGUCUCGAUUCAACGCUACGUGGAAGGUCAUCGCUUGGAUUCACGCCGUAAACAUCACACUCGCUCUGGCCAUCACGACGUAUAUGGUGUACUUCCAUAUCCACCAUCCCUUGAUUGGGACCUUGACGGAGCUUCACGCCAUCAUCGUAUGGCUUAAGACAGCAUCGUACGCCUUCACGAACCGAGACUUGCGCCAUGCCUAUCUGCAUCCCGUCAAGGGCGAGCUUGCUGCCAUGCCCGAAAUCUACGCGAAGUGCCCCUAUCCCAACAAUAUCACGAUGGGCAAUUUGGCCUACUUCUGGUGGGCGCCGACGCUGGUGUACCAACCCGCAUACCCGAGGACAGACAAGAUCAGAUGGGUGUUCGUCGGCAAGCGUAUGGCGGAGGUCUUUGGUCUGGGUGUCUUCAUCUGGUUCGCCAGCGCCCAGUACGCCGCCCCUGUCUUGAUCAACUCGCUCGACAAGAUUGCCUCCUUGGAUGUGCCGAAGAUCCUCGAGCGCCUGAUGAAGCUCUCGACCAUUUCUCUCGUUAUCUGGCUGGCGGGCUUCUUCGCUCUCUUCCAGUCCUUCCUUAACGCCCUCGCCGAGGUCACCCGCUUUGGAGAUCGCUGCUUCUACGAAGAUUGGUGGAACAGCGAGAGUCUUGGUGCCUACUGGCGCCUGUGGAACAAGCCUGUAUACCAGUACUUCAAGCGUCACGUCUACUCUCCCUUAAUCGGCCGCGGCUGGAGCCCUAGAGCCGCCCAACUUGCGGUCUUCUUCGCCUCGGCUGUUCUGCACGAGGUUCUCGUCGGCGUACCGACCCACAACAUCAUUGGGGUUGCGUUUGCCGGCAUGUUCUUCCAACUCCCUCUCAUCGCCAUCACUGCUCCUCUCGAGAAGAUGCAGUCUCCGACGGGCAAGAUGAUCGGCAACUGCAUCUUCUGGGUGUCCUUCACGAUUCUCGGGCAACCCUUCGCCGCAUUGAUGUACUUUUACGCGUGGCAGGCUAAGUACGGCAGCGUAAGCAGACAGAUGGCGUGGUCGAGAGCUGGGUAA